AGGUUUCUCCAGAUGUUAUUUCAUGCACGGAUGAAUUUUUUUCGGCUGCUUUGUAUUCCUGAGAAGAUAAUUCCGCGAUCAUUUCGGAAAUUUAAUAUCCGUGCUAAUGUAAGCACGAAGCUCAUCACAUUCGAUGCAACGAAUACCCUCCUGCAUUUCCGUGAGCCUGUGGGAAUGCAAUACUCCUUAAUAGCUGCUCAUUAUGGAGUAUCGUUGGACUCGAAUAUAGUUAACUCGAACUUCGUUGCCGCGUUCAAAUUUUUCAAUGAAACACUGCCAAAUUUUGGAUUAAAUUCUUCUGUCGGAAAUUGGGAAGCGUGGUGGACGCACGUUGUGAAGACGACGCUCCGGAAGUCUGGAGCUGAAUGUGAGGAAAAGGUCUUGAGUCUCAUUGCGGACGAAUUACUUCAGUAUUAUUCGACAGAAAAACCAUGGGUAGUUCAGCAGGGCACAGAAUCUUUUUUCUUGAAGAUCCGAGGGAGUGGGAUUGUUGUUGGUUGUAUUUCGAACUUCGACCCACGGUUAGUUCUAAUCUUGAACAGAUUAGGGCUACGAAGCUUGUUUGAUUUUAUUUUAACGUCGUACGAAGUUGGGGAAACAAAACCCCAUCCGAGGAUUUUUUCGGAGGCUUUACGAGCAUCUGGAAUUUAUGCCCUCGAAGCGGGAAAUGCGAUGCAUGUAGGGGACAACGUUAACCUCGACUAUCAUGGAGCGAAGGACGCUGGUUGGGAUGCCGUUCUUUUUCGGAAGCCUGAUCAACCAAGGACCAAGUCCAUGGCUUCCAUACCUAAAGAAGACAUUGUAACGACCUUCGAUCAACUAUUCGACCGUAUCCGUUGA